GGAGCCUCGGCCCGGGGGACCCCCGUCCCUGGCUGUCCCCCAAUUGCGCGUCCCUGCCCCACCCCCGCGGCCGAGCCACCACUGGUGUGGCGGUCUCCGCUUGGCGGAAGAGCCUUGAGCGGCCACCCGGUCCCUCCCCACGGCCUCUUUGCAUCUUGGAUUUCGGGGCAGCCCCCUCCCCCACCCCUCCCUUGCCUCCUUGCACCCCUAUUUUUUCUGCGCCUCGCUCGGGUUUUGCAGCCGUCUGUUUUUGCAUCCCUUUUCAUUUUGUUUCUAGAAGGUUUGGGGGGUGAGGCUGCGUCGCACCCCUUUCUCUUUCUAACCUCCCCUGCUCUGACAGCCCCCUUUUCAUCGGAGCCCGGGGGCGGGGUGGGGGGGCGCUAGGAUCGGUGCAUCCCACGCCGCGCUGCCAGCACCCCGCAGCGCGUGGCCGUGCACCCCGGAAUUUGCAGCGGCUGCCCAUCUGGGGAGGGUCUCCCUCGCCCCCGCUGCCUUCGCUCCCCGCGCGUUCCGGAGCGUGGCGGGGGGGCUUCUGCGCGCCGCACCCCAGCUUCUCCGCAGCCCCCCGCCCGGCGCGGGACUCGCCCCCCGCCGCCGAGAUGGUCAUCCAGAAGGAGACGAAGAGCUGCGGGCAGGUGGUUGAGGAGUGGAAGGAGUUCGUGUGGAACCCGAGGACGCACCAGUUCAUGGGCCGCACCGGGACCAGCUGGGCCUUUAUCCUCCUCUUCUACCUCGUCUUCUAUGGCUUCCUCACGGCCAUGUUCACCCUCACCAUGUGGGUCAUGCUGCAGACGGUCUCUGACCAUACCCCCAAGUACCAGGACCGACUGACCACACCGGGCUUGAUGAUUCGCCCCAAGACUGAGAAUCUUGAUGUCAUUGUCAACGUCAGUGACACUGAAAGCUGGGACCAACAUGUUCAGAAGCUCAACAAGUUUUUGGAGCCUUACAACGAUUCCAUCCAAGCCCAGAAGAAUGACGUCUGCCGCCCUGGGCGCUAUUACGAACAGCCAGACAACGGAGUCCUCAACUACCCGAAGCGUGCCUGUCAGUUCAACCGGACCCAGCUGGGCGACUGCUCUGGCAUUGGGGACCCGACCCACUAUGGUUACAGCACCGGGCAGCCCUGUGUCUUCAUCAAGAUGAACCGGGUCAUCAACUUCUACGCGGGAGCGAAUCAGAGCAUGAAUGUUACCUGUGUGGGGAAGCGGGACGAGGAUGCUGAGAACCUCGGCCACUUUGUCAUGUUCCCUGCCAACGGCAGCAUCGACCUCAUGUACUUCCCUUACUAUGGCAAAAAGUUCCACGUGAACUACACGCAGCCCCUGGUGGCCGUGAAGUUCCUGAACGUGACCCCCAAUGUGGAGGUGAACGUAGAAUGCCGGAUCAAUGCCGCCAACAUCGCCACGGACGAUGAGCGGGACAAGUUCGCCGGCCGCGUGGCCUUCAAACUCCGCAUCAACAAAACCUGAGGCCCCUUCCUCCUGCCCCCACCUCUUUCCUAUGGAUGCCUCUGGAAUGUCCCUGACCCUGCCUGAUCCCUCCCUCACCCGCCCCAAAGGUAUUUUUUAUAACAGAGCUAUGACUUGUUUGAGCCUCACGCCCCUUUUCUUUACUUGUGAACCCAGCCUGAUGGCCAUUGUGGUCCCCUGACUUCCCUCCCGUCUCCACCCUCCCCUCCGGAUUCCAGCUCCGUCAGAGGCAGGGAGGCAGGAUCCCAGGAAGGCCGGCCCGAGGAGUUGGGGGCCGUUCUGGUUCUGGUUUAGCUGUGAGUGGGGUGUCUCCACCCCUGCUGUCCCCAGAGAGCAAUAGAAAAUGCCUGCCUGCCCGCCCACCUGCCCACCUGCCCACCUUCGCACCUGCCUUCACCCUCGUCCACCUCCCCCCCGCCCCCCACGCAUCUCCCUCCAUCCCUGGUUUGCAGACACGAACGUGGCCCUCCAUUCACCUUCCUCUGUCUCUCCCACGCUUUCUGCCUCAUCGACACCGUCACCGUCUUGGCGGCUUCUGACUUUAUCCGGCUCCUCCGGCAUUGGCAGGGGUGUCCCCAUGUCCUCUCCAUCCCCGUUCCCUCCUCUGAACGACAGCUGUCUGUAACUGAGGACGAGGUGGCUCGGUGGCCCUUUCCCUGUCUUCUGGCACAUUUUUCUCCUCGCCCUGCGGUGACUGGCGCGAGCUGGGGACGAGGGUCUGGAAGAGGAGUCCCUGUUGGUUCUUCUUGAAAGUUCUCUUCCUGUCACCCAAACAGGCACUCCUCGGAGGGAUGGGGUUGACCUAGGCUGAACAUCCACUUUGUUUUUUUGCCGCCGACGGCUCACUGUCUCCCUGUUUGUUUUCCCAGAAUAUCCUUCAAGUUCCCUUUCCCCAGAGCGCUGGGGGAGGGCAGCCAUUUUGGCUGGGUCCCCAGUGGCCACCUUGGAAACGUCAGCUGGCUGUGGGACUGUUUCACCUCCUUCCCCUGGGCCCGGAGCCACCCCCCCUCCUCCCUCUGGCUUCUCUUAGCACGUUAUCAACUAAUCACUAGCUCCUCCCCUCUCCUCUGCCUCUCGGCCUAAACGCUGCCAAUAGCCCCCCAGUCUAGGCUCUGAACUUCUCGGCCCAUCUCCUUCGGGACCCCUUGGCGUUUUUAAACGACCCCGUAGUGCCCAUAGAAUGUCACAUGAGGGGCCUCUGGUGUUCUUGAGUGAUCGUGCCCUUCAUUUCUGCCCUCUCUAACUCCCCAUUUCUUUUCUGACCCUGCAGCCUCCACACCGCCCCCCCCCCUUCAGAUGGACCCUUCCCUCCUCCCCUCUCACUGGAUCUGAGUCUCUUCCCUUGGGGUCCCCCAUGUUUUCCUGCAUUCCCCUCGCCCCAGUGGUCUCUCUCUGCAGUUAUUUAAUGCCUGUGUCAGAUCUACUGUAAAAAGAGGAUAAAGUACAAUAGAAUGAGAGCAAUUAUAUAUAUAAAUAUAUAUCACACACGGAACCCUGCGUGUGGGUUGUUCCUUUCUGAGCAUUCGGAAGAGCUCUGGGAAGGGGAGGGAGGCGAUCUGGGUGAUUUGGGGGUCGCCUGGACCUCGGGGGUCCUGCUUCCCAGCUUUGACUUCUUCAUCCAAUGUCCAAACGUCUACCUUCCAGAUCGCUCCUUCUUUCAUACUGUCUUUGAGACGGCUCAGAGCAAGAGAGGCAGGAAGCCUACAUCCCUUUGUUGGGCGAUACUUACGAAGUGCCUACUGUGUGCAUUCUAGGCGCCGUGAAGAUACACUUUUGAAAGAGACAGACUUCCUGCUCCCAAGGAGCUCCCCAGUUUAACGGGAGAGGUGAGGAACACGCGAGAAACUCUCCUGCCAGGUAGACCUAAACAUGCCUCCAGGGAGGGGAGAAAGCCAGUGAGGAGAAUAUUCAGAGCGGUCAACGGGCUUUCUUUCUACUCCGGGGCUUCCAAUGGCAGGUUUCUUAGAGCCUUAAAGGGUGAGGUGGUUGGGGAGAGAGAACAGCCUCCGCAAAUGCCCUGGGACAUGGGGAAAGUGGACCGGAAGAAACAGAUCUCAAAAAACAAUGUGAACCGUUAGGACCCUGAUUGGGGGUGAAAGUAUACACACAGCAUAGGAAAAAAAAAAAAAAAAAAAA